AUGAAUUUUCUAGACAAAAUCGAGGAUAAAAUUUUCGAUUGGGUGCUUGCAGCACUUGGAUGUUAUCUGAUUCGCUACAAAAGUAACGUUGAUAAUCUCAAAACCCAAGUUAAGGAGCUGCGAGGGGCCAGAGACAGACUGCAACGUAUUGUUGAUACUGAUAGAGGGAAUCUAAUGAAAAUUGAAGAUGAUGUUAAGAGACGGCUUACCGAAUCUGAUGACAUAAUAGCAGUGGCAGGGAUAAUCCUUGAAGAUGAUAAGAAGGGAUGGUGGCUCAAUAUUAUGUCCCGUUACCAAGUGAGCAAGAGGGCAGACAAGGCAGCAUUGGAAGCCAAGAAUUUGAAGAAUGAGAUAUUAAAGAUCGAUGGCAAUAGCGUUGGCUAUCAUGAGCCUACACAAGUGGUAGAGACUGCGACGUCAAAUAGAGGGUAUGAGGUCUUUGAAUCAAGAAGGCUUAUAUUAACUGAUGUUCUGAAAGCACUUGAAAAUCCUGAUAUCACUAGGAUUGGGGUGUACGGGAUGGGAGGUAUCGGGAAAACCAUGCUAGUCAAAGAAGUUCUAAAACAAGCUGAGAAAGGCAAGUUGUUUGACAAGUACCUUUUUUUAGUUGUAUCCAAUGAUCCAGACUUGAAAAGGAUUCAAAGGGAAAUUGCGGAGCAAUUAGAUCUAGAACUUGCGGUGGAGAGUGAAUUAGUAAGAGCAGAUAAACUGCGUGAGCGAUUGAAACAAGAGAAUAGGGUCCUUAUAAUUUUGGAUGACAUUUGGAAGUACCUGGACUUGGAAGCUCUUGGGAUUUUCUUUGGAGAUGAUCAAAAGGGGUGCAAAUUAUUGCUGACGUCCAGACUUCAGAAUACACUACGCGAUAUGGGUACCCAAAAGCAGUUUCCAGUUGAAGUUUUAUCAGGUAAUGAAGCGAUAAGCUUGUUUGAGAAGAUAGUUGGGUAUUUAGCCGGUGAAUUCAAAUCUAAGAUGCCUCAAAUUGUCAAAGAAUGUGCUGGAUUACCAAUUGCCAUUACAACCGUUGCAAAUGCGUUGAAAAAUAGAAAAAAUAUAGGUGUUUGGAAGUAUGCACUCAAUCAAUUGAAAAAGUCUCGCCCAAUAGAGAUUGUGGGAACGGAUGAGAAGGCCGUGUACGAAAGUAUAAAGUUGAGUUACGAUUUUUUACCUGAUGAAGAAAAGUCAUUAUUGUUGCUUUGUAGUCUACAUGGAGAGGAUUACGACAUAAUGAUAGAAGACUUGUUGAAAUAUGCUGUGGGUUGGGACUUGUUGAAAAACGACCAUAAAAUAGAAGAUGCUAGAUCUACGGUGCACAAAUCGGUUGAAGGACUCAAAGAUUCUUGCUUAUUGUUGGAUGGUAAAAAUAAUGGAACAGUCAAAUGCAUGACGCAAAAAGAGGGUUUCAGUUUCAGGCAAAAAGGUUUCCGUAAAGAAUCUAAAGAUACAGUUGCAAUUCCAGAUUCAUUUUUUGAAGGGUUAAAGGAUCUCAAAGUGUUGAAGUUAUCUGAAGCUGGUAAGCUUAUGUAUUCUGGGUAUGCUGGUAGUGGCAAUGAAGAAGAUGGAGAUGGAGCAAAGCAAAUGAGCAAAGCAUACACCACCAUGGUGCUGGCCCUGUAUGCUGGGAUCCUUCUGGUGUAG